CAAGAACUAGCUUCACAAGAAGAAAAAAUUCUUCUAUAAAUAAGCUCAACAAAGGCUAACAAAUAUCACUUGGUGUACAAAACUGCAGGUGGAAAGUAACUAACGAUGGCAUCUUUAAAUCUAAAAGAUCUACAACUAACUAUUUUCAUCAUCAUAAUGCUGGUGCAAAUACAUUUGCAUGAAGCCGCAUUGCCUGGACUACAAACAACUACUUAUGAUGGCAUACCACCCAAUUGGUUUGCCAACGUUGAUGCUGCCCCUUUUGUACGUCUGGGUUCUAAAUACUAUUAUUUCGAGACCCACAAAAAGUCCAAUUGGUAUGAAGCCGCCCACAUUUGUCGCACCAUGCAUGCCAAUUUGGUCACCUAUGAGAAUAGUGCAGAAUUUGAUACUGUUCAUGAUUACAUACGGCGUCAGCAGUUCGAUGGCAGUAACUAUUAUUGGGUGGCUUCGAAUGAUCUGGCCACAGAGGGUAAAUUCUUUUCAAUUGGCACCGGCCUGCCCAUGACAUUUGAUCGUUUCACCCAAGGUAAUCCGGAUAAUAGUUUUGGUAAUGAGAAUUGUGUGCACUCCUGGUUCCAUCAAGGACAAUAUUCAAUGAAUGAUUUGGAUUGUAAGAAGGAAUGUCAUUAUGUUUGUCAAGCGGAAAAUCCUAAAACUAUUGCAUUUACUGUUUGGUAAAUAAAUGUUGUCGGAAAUGUACUUUUAAAAUUGUAUGUAUUUACAUAUCUGUAAUCUUUUUGAAUAAAGCUAAAAAGGAGAAAAUA